CUUCCCCAGAUACGAAACCCAGUAUACGACGCCACUGUUCAAAAUAGAAAGCUGACGCCACUUCCGGUGAAUCCGGAAAUUAAAUCAAUGAAUCUUAACACCAGACCACAAUAUGCCACAAUCGUUUUAAUUGAAAAAUGCACCAAAAAUAAUACAGUAUGAACGAAAAAAUAAUGAGAUCCCUAUUCAUAACCAAAUCUGGUCGUGGGUCUACCUGCGUCGACGGAAACAGUGGUGGAUAUCCGGCUUUACAGAUCGUCACAAUAAGGUACAAUGUAGUCCAACGAACGAGUCCAACAGAAAAUCCAUCGGAAUGGCCCUGAAAAAUCACACCAUCAGCGUGAUCAAUUUCACAAAUCAAGACACAGUGACUUAUUCCAUAAUCAAACUAAUAGGAAACAUCCAGAAUGCCACUAGCGCAUUGUGCCAAAAUAAUGACAACAAUGUUCACCUGAUCAUCAAUAACGUUAAAGUAACUACCAACCUAGUGAACAAUAAAUUCAAAUUCUUAGUCGAACUGCAUAGAGGCCAAAAUCGACUGAUCAUCAACUACUGCUGUGAGGAAAAAGAAAUAGUUUUGGUAUAUUCUUCGCCGAAAGGCUAUCAUUCUGUGAUACCGCUUUAUGUGAUCUGUGAUGGACACGAUGGUAAUUUUCAAGCACCAGCAUGGAUGAAGAACACUGCAGAAAGCGCGUGCAAAAGGAUAUCUUUAUGUUCGAAGCUGCUACAGUGUGUGACCGCUGAGAAGCUCAACGAGCAUGGAUUGGGUAGGAAAACGUUCAGCUUGGAAAGCGACUGUCAAAUUUUCCAAAGCAGGCUGAACUACCUGGAAGUAAGGACUAUGAGUCAAGCAGAAUUGUGGGAAAAUAUAGGAAGGGAAAUCAUGAAAUCGCCAAUUGGAUCUGACAACAAGAAAUACUUAGCAUUCUUGUCAUGCACAAGAUAUUUGGGCGACAAAUACGAUGCUUCCAUGAAAACACAUGAAGAUCUGCUCAACAUUACCGAAGGAUAUGUGGCACUAGGCGGUGGAGGCCUAGCUUUAUUCGGAAGUGCUUGCCUAUACACGUGGCCAGAAACAUUCGAGGACAUCAUUGAUAGGUUCGAAGAUGAAGCUCCAGUAGACAGAACACAAUUUCUGGACGACAGUUGUUACAGAAGUACCCUCGGAGCAUGUUUUUCAACCACAUUGGGAUCGGUUCUCCAUGAACUGUUCCACACUUUCGACUUGGGGCACACUGAGGAUGGCAUUAUGGGCAGAGGUUUCGACAAUAUCUAUAAAGUGUUCACCAAAUCGGACCUUGCUACCGACAAUGUUCUUGAAGCGAAGAAAAUCCUCCGGAAUAAAAUCGAAUUCAAGGAGGAAUUAGAACCAGGGAGUUCGUUGGCCAAGGAUAACAUAAGGAAGGAGUUCACCGUUAUCGAGAAGUUUGAAGAAGUUGAUGACACUUUAUUGACCAGGAGUUGUGCUGUGAUAUUAUGCUACCACAAGUGGUUCAAUUGUCUUCCUGUUGAGCAAUCUUCGGUUUUGUCUUUUGAUUCUUCCAACAAACUUAUCAAAUCAACAGCAGGUGUCAGAGUUGUUGAAAUAAGGAGGAUUGGUUCUGAAAUGGUGCUGCAUAACUGGGUUUUCGAUGGAAGAAUCAUGAAGUUUUCAUUUCAACUAUCAGAAGAUGUGAUCAAAAAGUGUAACGGUGUAUUCAUCAUUUUUGUAGAAGAUACGAUGGGUUUUAUAUUGAAAGAGACAAUCAAUUUGUAGAAUGUUUCCGUGAUUCCACAUAAAGAUAUUUAUAUCUACCUACCUAACA